CGAACCAAUCGGGAGCCGGAAUCCUGCAGGCCGCUGAAGCCGAACGGUAACGUCAGGGGCUGGGCACACAGGUGGACCGGGAAGGCGGUGCUUGGACAGCAGGGAGGCGGGACUGAAAGUUCCUCAACCCGGAGAGGGGAAGAAGCAGGAGGUCUCAGCAUGAAGCAGAAACGCUGGUGUGGGAUGACCGCCAAAACGGGCACCGUGUUAUCAGGGGUCUUUACCAUCAUAGCCACAUACAUGUACCUCAUCUUUGAACACAAGCACAUGAGGAGCAGCGACUGCACUGAGAUUAACCUAAGUGCCAAGAGUGUGAAUAUCCUGAUAAGUCAGUUCAUCGCGUGUUGGAGUUGGAACAUUGUCCUUUUCCUGUCUUGCAUCACCUUCAUCAUCAGCUGCUUGCUCCUAUACUCAGUAUAUGCCCAGAAGCACAGGGGCUUAGUGCUCUAUUUAAUCUGGAUCUUUUUCUAUGAAGCCAUAAACAUUGUAGUACAAAUCCUCACCAACAAUAACACCAACAUUGGAGAAGUCAAAGUCAUGCGCUGGUUUGGUUUAGUGUCCCGUAUAUCCCUGCAUUGUUUCUGGAUGUUCUUUGUCAUGACUUAUGCCCAGAUAAUCUACAAAAGUAAAAGCCAGGGCAAUAUCAUUUCCUACAACAUACGUACGUCUAUGGGCAACAGAGAUUUUCCACGGCGGAAAUCAAAGAUAAUCAGCCUUUCCCGCCACUAUAAUGAAUAAUGUUGGCCCUUCUCUCUCCUUAAAGUCAGGUCUCCUAGAUUCUCAUGGUAGUUCUAUUUCCAUCUCUUCACUCUCGCUGGUCUGUUCAGCAACUAGAGACCCUACUGCCACCCUUUCCAGGGAAUGUGAAGAGAAAUGUGAUUAGGGUCACAACUGGAACAUCCUGCUCAUUGAGGAUGUUUAGUUGAAGUUCAUUGUUAUUUACAAAGCACUCCUUGAGUUGCUCCUUUUUCUAGUCAGUACCACCUUAUCAGACAAAAUAAAGAAGGCCAGGGAAUGAAAUGAAGCUGAACUGCAGUCUAGCAAUUCAUUCAUCUUGGUAUGUCAUUAUUCACCUUCAACCCACAGCUCUCUAAUUUAACCCUGAGACAGGCAAAUCUGUAUUUAUUUCUCAGAUCGUUUAAGCACAAAGGGUGCUGUUGGUGCCUUGGAGUGGUUUAGUGCUAUGGUUUUUCUCCCUAUGUCCUCUAUGCUAUAUUCCAUAUAAGUAAAAGAAUAAAAAUAGAGCCCUGACUGGAGUGGCUCAGUGGAUUGAG